AUGACUCCAGUAUCUGCAUCUAUAAUCCUCCAAUCAGCUAGCUCCACUCUCCCCGUACGCAUGGCCUGGGGCCUAUCCAGAAACGAACUGAAGAAACCCAAGUCGACUUCACCACCAAGACUUAUUCGUCAAUUACUGGACUUCAUAGCCGUUAUAAUUGGUCUCAAAUUUCGGACACAACGCCUGUAUUUGCCUCCCAUUACGGACCGCAUACUACUGGAGCCGGCAGUUGUGCUGAGCGCUCGUAUUAAAAGUGGCCAGCUAAAGUGCGAGACACUGGUCAGGGCGUACAUCGCCCGGUGCCGUGAAGUGCAGCCACACAUUAACGCCAUUAUAGCGAACAGAUAUGAAUCGGCCAUAACUGAGGCCCAGGCGGUGGACAGGAGAGUGAGGGCCGAGUUGGACGGCCAGCACCCGGUGCUCAACGGCCAGUCCAUACACUCGCAGCCAUUACUAGGCAUACCAUUCACUUGUAAGGACUCGUUUUCAGUGUCGGGUAUGCCCUGGACUAGCGGUCUGUACGCCAGGAAAGGCAUUACUGGCCCGACGGACAGUCGUGUCGUAGAGUUGUUACGCAAUGCCGGAGCUAUUAUGAUAGCCAUGACAAACGUACCGGAGCUGAUCAUGUGGUGGCACUCGACUAAUAUACUGUACGGCAGGACUAAUAACCCGUACGAUAAGAGUCGAGUGCCAGGGGGUAGUUCAGGGGGCGAGUGUGCACUUAUGGCCAGUGCUGGCAGUUUGAUUGGAGUUGGUUCAGAUAUCGGUGGAUAUGCCGCAGACCUAAAGCCUGUGCUAAAAGUAAUGGCCGGAGGCAAUGCACCCAAACUACAACUCGAUAAAACAGUACAUAUCAAAAACAUCAAAGUCUAUUACAUGGAGGGCCACAAUAACCCGGGUGUUAGUCCAGUACAGCCCGAUGUUAGGCAAAAACUAAUUAAAUGUGUGGACUAUUUGCGGGAUAAAUGUGCCGAUUGUGAGCCCCUAUACUUAAAAGAACUGGAGUUAGGGUUUGAUAUAUGGAUGUGCGCUAUGACUGACUCGAAGGCCCCGGCCCUGGAACGAGAGUUGGCUAAUCUCGAUGGCAGCAUUAAUCCCUAUAUUGACCUA